AGCUGAUCCUGCUCGAGUUUGGCCUCCUGUCUCCCGCGGCUCCGGUCAUCUGGUGGCCCGUACGGGGAGCUGAUCACCCCCGAGACGUGGCAGUGGACAACGCUCCAACGCAGAGCUGCAAGACAGGUAGCGGCACUAAGUGAGUGCCUCUCCCGCCAAAAAAAGAAGAAGAAGCAAAAGAAGCAGAAGAAGCACGCAAGGAGCCGCAGAGAGCGGACCGGUAGAGGCUUCGGGACAGACUGUAGGAAGAAGCCCGGAAGGAGCCGCGGAGAGCGGACCAGUAGAGGCUACGGAGCGAAGCACGGAAGGAGCCGCGGGGAGCGGACCAGAGGAGGCUUCAGCUGGGAGCGAUCCCAGGGCAGGCUGUACGGAGAAGGAAAAUAAAAGAAAAGGUUGUCCACUGCCAGACUUUGUUGUGUGUCCUUCCUGCCGGCCGGGAGUGACACCGACAUCUGGUGGCCCCCGUAUGGGGAAUAAAAGACUCAGCGACGUGCCUCUUCGGCCGGGAGGUGCGAUUGCGGUCGCCUGCGGUACGACGGAGGACCUGGCCCAAUAACAACGGAAGGCCCCGAGCGCCUCUUCUCUUCACCCUGAUCAGCUACGUGAGAUACAGCGGUUCCCGGGACAGGUGAGUACUGGGUCACCUGGGUUGGGUGGACGCACCUAACAGAUUUUGAGCGCCACACGAGUGGACGCUGGGUUUUUUUUUUUUUUCUUUUCUUUUCCCUUUGCAUCUGUUUUGCUUUCGCUUCGCUAAUACAGCCCGACAGGCUUUUGAGCUCGAUCGGAAUGCUCAGAGGAGCCCGGAGCCACUGCCGAUUGUGGGUCUCCGGAGGACCCUCAGGGCUCUAAUUCUGAUUUGGAUUCGGAAGGCUCAGAAGAGGAGGUCGUCUUUGCUAAGCAUGACCCUCCUACACCAUUAAAAGAGGAACUUAGGGCUCGGGAAGAUAAAAAGGGGAACCAAACACCACCCUGCCCGAGCUACUCCGCCUUACGGGAAGAGCUUAAGCCCUUCCGCCCUUUGGCAAGUUCACGACCCAUGAUCACCCCUUUCAGGGCGCCAGGCCCCACUGCACCGCCGUGGCCGGAAGAGGAGUUGCUCCCUGGGCUGCCACCACAUCCCUUUGAGUGUUCCGAUCUCCAUGCAUUCCCGGUACAAGUAGGAGGCAGGGGAGGAGGAGGAUAUUAUGAGCCCUUAGAAAUUAAACAACUUAAAGCUAUCAAGGACGCAGUUUCAGCUUAUGGGCCCAAUGCGCCAUUUACCAUGGCGCUUUUAGAGGCAUUGGCAGGUCUGCUUUUAACUCCUGGAGAUUGGACCCAGCUGGCACGCGCCUGCCUCUCCCCCGGACAAUAUUUAGAUUGGAAGUCCUGGAAUGAGGAAUUCUGUGUAGAGCAGGCGGCAGCCAACAGGGAAAAUAACCAGAGAGAGUGGAACAGGGAUAUGCUAUUAGGGCGAGGAGCCUUUGAGGAAGAUCAAACUCAAUACCCUCGCCAGGUUUAUGAACAAAUUAGCCGCUGUGGCCUCCAGGCCUGGAGACGGCUGGCUGGAAAGGGAGAACAUACGGGUCACCUUACAAAAAUUAUACAAGGGCAGGGAGAGCCAUUUUCAGACUUUGUGGCCCGCAUGCUUGAGGCCGCUAACAGGAUUUUUCCAGAUGCUGAGGCGGCUCACCCUCUCAUAAAACAAUUGAUUUUUGAACAGUGCACUAAGGAGUGCCGUGAUGUCCUAAGAACUAACAAAAAUAGGUCCUUAGAAGAGUGGACACGCCUGUGCCGUGAAUUGGGUGGCCACGGCCUAACGCCCAAAGGAAGAAUAUCAUUGGCACUCUUUACCAUAAAUUUUUUAAAUCUUAAUCACAAUAAUCAUUCCCCUGCCAUGGAGCACAAUAACCCGUCCCCGGCCGACAAAGGGCUGGUGAGAUGGAAAGAUGUCCUUACAGGACAAUGGAUGGGCCCGGAUCCAGUGGUUAGCUGGACCCGAGGCGCGGUUUGUGUUUUCCCACAGGAACCAGGCUGCGAACCGCUGUGGGUCCCGGAAAGAUUGACGCGAGCAGGAAACUCCCCACCAGUUCCUGAUAAAGCACAGGAGGAUAAGCCCGCGGACACAAGUCAACUCGACCCUUCUGGGACCGAUGCUCAGCGCCCGAGACCAUCUACAAACUAAAAUGUCUGGUUUGGAGUUUUUUCUAUUCUGUGGGUUCCUAUUAAUCACCCCUGUGAUAUGCUCAGAUUCCACAGAACCACCACAAUAUCUUUGGGGUCCUUGGCACCACCCGCCUACAUUGGCACCUUUUUCGGCGGCCUCGCCCGCCUCACCCAGGGUUUACACCAUCAAUCAAACAGUCCUUGAUUAUGCUAAUUGCCAUGGCUAUCCUAGUAGGGCUUGUGGUUAUUAAAUGCUUGUUAGAUCGCCUCAUACAAACUCAGCAGCAGGUUAAGAUCACGGCUAUGACAGCGAUGCAAAUGGCAGCAGGUGGCCCAUCAGGCCAGCAGGCCGCCGCAUAUCUCCUUCACAUUGCAGAACAUCAGUUAUAAAAGCUGAUUGGGCAAGCCAAUGACAGGUAAGACGGGAAAAGCCCUCCCGGUCAACCUAAGACAGGCUCCACUCAGAUAUACAUGGCCUAUAAGGCCAGGGGUCCCUUCUGGAGUCAAAUUAUUGGCAUUGAGAUGCGAGACCAAGGGUACUGCAGUGCCAUCCGCCUCAAAGGUUGGGGGGAAGGCAGGAAUGAAUGUCUAUAUGCAUCCAGGUUCGGUUCACAAAAGCCUGGCCCUGCGAAAAAAUGAACCACUCACCUUGAGCAUGGUCCUGGUGCAAGGAUAUGCACAAAACAGGGUGAUGCACAGCAGGGUAUAGACCUCUACAUUCUCUCAUGCCUCGGCCUACAAGGUAGGCCCACUCCUAGGUGUCUAACAGCAACAAGGUCAUAGACACCUUGGAGGGACCUACAGACCAUCCUAUUUUAAUAAAUAAAAAAGGGGGAGAUGUGGGAAGCCGCCUAUGAAUGGCGCCCAUUUCCUGCUUCCGGGUUCUUCCCGGCCUGAACAAGCCCGCCAAAUUGUCAUAUCUGCCCAGUUACCCGUGACGCUAGCCUAUCAGCUUGUUAGGCGCGCUUCUCUGUGAUUGGAUACUGCUUCCCCUUAUAAGAGGUUGUUCCUGCCCCCAACGGCGGAAGAGGAACCAACGUUGAGGGUGGCGGACCUUGUUAGGUCCGGUUCGCUGUACGCAAUAAAGUUUGAGAGCUGAUCCUG